AAAUCAGGAGGAUAAAAUAGGAGCCCAAGUGCUCCCUCGGGAUAUGAUCCUGAGCACCGAAAACAGCCUGAGGUUCUUGCCCAAAGGACAGAGAUACACAGGUGAAAAUCCACAUCAAUAUGAAAGUUGGAGUCAUUGUGCCAUGUGUCCUUCUGUACCUUACCACUGGAGGCUGCGAUCGGGUGUAUGUUCACCCAUUUUACUUGACUUCCCUCAACAACACUGAUGUCAAUAGCUGCAAGAAGCUGGAAGAAAAGGAACAGCUGGUGAAGAUGUUUGUUCCCCUCUCAAUCGAGUCCCAUUUCACUUCAACAUAUGAAGAGAGUCUGAGCAACAAGAGUGAGGAAGGAGAGAAACACUUGGGUGUGAAGUUCUUAAAAGACCCCAUUUAUAUGCUUGGGGCACGUUUUCACAAAGAGCUGAAGAAAAUACACGGAAGCAGCAAUAUUAUCCUCUCUCCUAUAUUCAUGUAUGAGUCUAUGUUGUCCAUUUAUUUAGGGGCUUCUAGACAAACGGCAGCCAAUCUGCAGGUUUUGUUAGGGUUUGACCCACCACCCAACGCAAGUUGUACCUUCAAAAUAGAUGGACAUAAAGUUCUUUUUGCCCUGAAGAUCAUCCUGAAUGCUCCCUUACACGCCAGGGACACAGAAGGAUUGACUUUCUCCAAGCUUUUGUGCCUUUUCUCUGCUCCUGGGACCCAUUUAUCUGAGUCUUUUGUCCAUGAAUUGGCCUUUCCAGAUGUUAAUUUCCAUGUUCGAGCUGUGGAUUUCACCAACCCCACAGAGGCAGCAAGACAAAUCAAUGCAUUUGUCGAAAGGAAGAGCACACAUAGAACCAAGGGUCUGCUGGCUGACAUUGAUCCAGAAACCACUCUGCUGUUGGCAACUUACACUCAUUUCAAAGCUGUAAUAAAUGGAGCUUCCCCACUCAAAGAACCUCAAGAAUUCUGGCUUGAUUCCCAAACUAAGAUCUUUGUUCCUAUGAUGACAGUAACUGGAAACUUCAAGCAUAAAUAUCAGACAGGACUUUCCAUUGUUGAAAUUCCUCUCAGCAAGAGUAUAUUUUUGCUGUUCUUACAGCCUAGCAACAACAAAAAACUACCUAAUGAUGAUCAAUAUUCUUUGACACCUUCUCCGAAAUGGUUUCAAAACUUGCAAUCAAAACCAAUUCACUUGACUUUCCCAAGGGUGUCCUUUACAAGCAUGUACAACCUUCAAGAACUCCUGGUGCAAUACGGGAUGCCUAAUCUGCUUGGAAAAGAAGCCAAUCUCAGAUUGCUAAGCAGCAGUAAUGUGACCAUUGGAAAGAUCAUAAAUCAGCAACUUUUUGAGCUCAGCCCCAGCAAAGAUCAAGAGGAAGCCCACACAGAAGAACAUGCCAGUGAGACACUUAAAAUAACAUUGAACAAGCCAUUUCAGUUUGCAGUGUAUGAAAAAGAAUUGACUGCAUUGAUUUAUUUUGGCCAAAUUACAAAUCCUCUAAACGAAACAUAAAUUCUGGAUGGGUGGGUGGGGAAACAGUUUUCUGUAAUCCUUUAAUCUUUUUCCCACAGUACUUAGUUUUUAUGAUUUAUUUUAUCUUGCUUUGAAAACUAAUGCAUCUUUCAAAAAUAAACUUGACAAAAUUUAUCAAUAGAACUUUAUAAAAAAUACUGUUUACAUCGUGAUUAAUAAAAUGCUCACAACUCUUAUGACUAUUGUUAAGAUAAAGUAGAUCAUUUCCCAUUUAUGGAGAGAUUCCAAUAUGUGCUGGGUUUAAGCCAAACAUAUACAUUUUAACCCAUGGUUUAUGGUUUGCCAAACCCAACUAUUUUGGCUUAUUCAACAAUGUGUGCAGAUCUAAUAUUCCCUGUGAAAGCUAUGCCAUUUAAAAAUAUGGGAAAUAAUAUAUCCAGAACAGAGAACUUAAUACCCGGUUUCUACGUUCAAUUUAAAGACUUUUAGCCAUGCCUAUGUUUAAUUGUUGCACAACUAACUUUAGCUAAAUUGGGAUGUUACAAUUAAAUAAUAUUCAUGUUACAGGGACUUACUUCAUCAAAGCUGCACACUCAAAUCAUGUUUGCAUGAUGAUUGAGAAUUCCCCAGUGAACUCACUCAACUUUUUGGGCUAAUAGUAUACAGACUAAUCUUGGUCAGUUAUCCCUCUGCUUGCAUUUUCUAGGCCUUUCCAUACUUGGGUCGUGGGACUGGAUUCAACCAUUUGCAUGAAACACUGGGGGGAGGGGGGGAGGGAACAUUUUAUACAUACUUUCCUUAUAGGCCGCUGAUCUCAUUGGGGGCAUUUGCCCCAAUGAGAGUAGCCAAAAUGUACCCUAACAUGAAUUCAACAUGUUGGAAAUGCAGACAGAACCAAGGUACCUUCUACCAUAUGUGAUAGUCAUGCCCGGAAGCCCAGAAAUAUUGGACUAAAAUAUGGAGUUGGCUACAAGAGAUAAUGGAAGAAUGAAUAGAAUUUAAAUUGGAAUUGUUUCUAUUGGGAAUAGUUAAGAGGGAAUUAUAGAAAGAUUAAAUAUAUUUGAUUACACAUUCUGACAGCUUCAAGAAUAAUAUACGCAUGAUGUUGGAAACAAAAUGCCUACUGAGGAAUGAAUAAUUCAAAAAAUCCUAGACUGUGCUGAAAUGGACAAAUUGACAUUAAAACUUAAAGAGAAAGAAUAGUCGGAGUAUUAUGAAAUUUGGGAUAAUUGGUAUAAUUGGCUGAAUAAUAGAAAUAAAGAUAAAAGAAAUAAAAAAAAAUAUAGAUAAAAGUAAAUGAAUGUAUAUAAAGAUGUAUCAGCGUAGAUAUUUAUAUGAGAUUGAUGUGUAGAAUAAUUUGCAUAAUGAUACAAUACUGUUAAAGUCAAGAUUAAAGUGUGUUAAAGGUGAAAA